GGACGCACGCUGCGCGUUGCUGGCUGCUCGCCACAAUAAUAUCGUUUUUUUUCUCAUUCCCUGCUUUCUCCUCUGCCUGUCUCCGCAAACGACUGACGGCUCCUGCUCUGGCCAGACAGCAUUGGUCAUUUCCUGAUCCUUUGCUUUUUCACACUGCUCUUCGCUUUUACCUAAUUCCUUGUUGUUGUUUCUGAGGCCUCGCUCACGACUCUCCACGGGCAGGUCCGCCAUUCAUUCAUUCGUUUCCGCCGCGCUCAACCACGCAGGCGCAUCAUUCCUACCGCUGAAUCUCCUCGAUGGACAUACACGACGACGCAUAGACCUGUAUCCCAACCGCCGACAGACUGGAUUGCGCCGUUGCACAACAGCCGGCCUUCUUUCCUUGUCACCACCGUUCAUUCCUUUUUGCUUUUUCCUUUCUAGCUUCGCAAGAGUCGGACGAUUUAUACCAGGGGAGCCAUCUUGUUCUUAUUCUCCUUUUUCAGGAUACCCAUUUCCAGCCAGUCGUUUUGGAGCGCGCCAACAGAGUCCGGAACAUCUGCCAGCAGCGCCUGAUCGCGCAUCGAAACACCGACUGAAAGGAUUAUUAUUCUUAUUGACUGACGCCUGGAUACCAUCUCUUGCGGCAUUUUCUCGAUCCCGUGCAACGCCGGCUUCUCAAUCGACUGCCGAGACAAAGUCGGCAUUUCUUUCACGAACCGAGUCCCGGGGGACAUCACCGCGCGGAUUCUUGCAUAUGCGCUUGUUAUUGGAUAGGCCGCGCAGUUGGAAGAAGGCCCCUGUUGCUGGGAGCGGGAUUGGAAGAGUGGAUCAGCCGUGGACCAAAGAAAGGAGACUGCCGUGGGAGCACUUGGAUGCCCCCAUCGACCGUCGCUAUCGAGGUGGCCUUUGCUAAAUGAGUUACCCUCAAGAUGGGCGAGAUAUGGAGCCACAGUCGAUACCAGGAGGAUCUGUCAGGCGCGCGCGCGAGUUGGCAAUGGCCGGCCUGGCAAGUCGCACGCCCAGCGACAGCAGGAUGCCCAUCCGGGUGCCUCAGGGAGGCCUCGGCCCGAACCCCCAGUUGCCGCUACCGAUAGUCCGACCCUCGCCGGCGCCUGUCGCCGAGGCCAUUACGACUUCGCCACCCAGGGUUGGAAUCCCACGACCGCGCGGCGACGGCCCCAUUACCGGCGACGACAUUUCGAGACCGACUCAGAUUCCUGCAACCCAGAUUCCCCAAUGGCCGCUCGGCGGUCCGCCGAUAGUGCCUUCGGCUUCGGCCGCUAACCAGGGAUUCGCGCCCUAUCAACCUCCACCAGGCCGAUCGUAUCCCCCGCAGCGACCCCCGAGGCCGAGCCGCGUUCCCUCGAUGCUUGACGGCUCCCAGCUCCAGGAUCCGACCCCCGUGUUUCAGUAUCAGUCCCAGUCGAACCGCGAGUCCGAGGUCUCUCUGCAGCAGUCGGCCACGUCCUCUACCUCGCGCCCCUCCACAGUCGACUCCGUCGGGUCAAUACCAGACUUCCCGCUGCCAAUCACAGCAACGCCAGUCGCGCCUCCGAGGAGGAGUGUCAACCUUGGUCCGCCUCCGUCGGCAAGACGUGGAGCAUCCUCGUUUUACUCCAACGCCUCCUUUGUGUCGCCCAUUCCCGAAGAGAGCCCACGAUCAAGAUCGCGUGCAUCAUAUGCGUCUAGCGCGGCUAUUCCCAGGGAUAGAGAUAGCUGGGAUUCGCCAAUAUCACCUGGUCCAAGCCCUACCUACCCGGAAUCCCGAUUCGAAGACGCCAUUCCGGAAGAGGGCAGGGAUGGCAUGUAUGGUGGCGACGACCAGGGCGAGGAGAGCCAGCUCGUCCGCAGCGCCAGCAUAGGCAAGAGGGGAAAGGCGCUGCUCGUGUCGACUCCUGCACCACAGCGGUCUUCUGAAGUCCCCGAGAUGGGAAUGAGGGCCGUGCCGUCUCCACGAAACCCGGGUCCUUUUACUGAUGGAACGGGUUACGUCGAUGCGUCCUCGACUAGCUCUGGGAGUGAUCCAAGGUCUCGGGGACUGCGACCCCCACCAGCAAUGGCAGUGGCUGGCGCUGCAGGUGCUGCAGGGUCAGCUUUGACGGCCGAGUCAAUAUUGAGCGCGUACGACGCGGCAUCCUCGCCCGAUCCGUCGAAUCCCAACCGCGGCCUACCAGUCUCUCCCCAGCCCAUGCGUGAAUACAGCCACUUCUCAGCCAUUCGCAGGCCACCCAAGUUGGACAUUGACGCUGUCAAGGCGGCCGAGUCUCGUGGCAGCUUGACGAGUCUGCCGGAUCUUAUUCGCCGAGCUACCCGCCUGGCGGCCAGCCUCGAGAAGGGCCGCAGGCCCGCGAGCCGCUUUCUUGACGACAUGGACCAAUAUCCGGGUCAGUCGGAGAAGAACCGCGCAAGCGACUAUGAGAAACACCAAUCUGGUCUCUCGGACAUGCUUGCAGCCUUCCCGCCCCCGGCCCAGCCUGUGCACCAGGCUCGGAGGAGCUGGCGUCAGAGCGUGCGUGACGAAAUCAACUCGUGGCCACUCCCCGCCCGCUUCAGCGGCGCUGGCCGCAGCAGGGACAACUCUCCCCGCGAUGAGCCACCUGCGCUCCCCACCUACAACAUCGCCGGCACUGGCAACAACGGCAACGGCGUCAACAACGCCAGCAACUCCCGGGGCGAGCAAAAGCAGGGAAGGCGGUGCUGCGGAUUGCCGCUCUGGGGAUUCAUCAUUCUGGUCAUUGUGCUGCUCAUCAUCGUGACAGCCGCCGUCGUGAUCCCGGUCGAGUUCUUUGUCAUCCGCCGCGGCAACACAGGGGCUGGCAACGCUCAGCCGGCGCUGACCGAGUGCCAGAACAUGCUCACGUGUGCCAAUGGCGGCACCAACGUCGUGACUGCCCAGGGCGCCUGCAGCUGCAUAUGCACUGGCGGCUUCACCGGCGCCACGUGCACCGUCCCCGGCGCCAACGGGUGCACGACGACCAACAUUGUCGACCAGAGCCCCAACGUCGGCAGCAACAUCAUUAACAACGUCACCCUCGGCGACGCGCUGCCCCGUCUCAUCCAGACCGCUGUUCAAAACUUCUCGAUCCCCCUGUCAGUUACCCAGAUCCUGGCCAAGUUCAACUCGGGCAGUCUCAGCUGCCUGGCCGAGAACGCCCUCGUCACUUUCAACGGCGAUAGUGGCAGCGGUCUCUCCCAGGCCACUGUGCCGGGGACCACCAACAAUGCUGCCAAGGGCCCGCAACCCGAGCUACCCAAGGUACCCGCAGGCGUUGCUGUCGAGGUCGUCACUGUUGUGGUCAAGCGUCAGGCCGGCCAGGGGUUCUCGACCACGCUUUCCGGAUCCGUUUCUUUUGGCACCACCCUCACCGCGAUUCCGCCUACGACGACGACGACGGUCACGACAACCAUCUCGCGCAGGACAAGCAGCAGCAGCAGCAGCAGCAGCAGCAGCCGUAGCACUAGCACACCCAGCACCCGCUCGCCACCGCCCAGCACGUCCACCACCCAGCGUAACCCACCACCCGCCUCUACCUCAUUUCCCGUCACGGGGCAGGUGCUCGACUUUGCUCGCAUCUCGGUCCUUUUUGUGCUGCAGCAGCAAACGCUCCAGAAUGCCGAGACGGCGCAGAUUGCUCUUCAGCGCUUCUUCACGGCCGCUGGCCAGGGUUCCGCUGCCCCAUCCCCUGUCACCCCCGCUCAGGCCCGCAACCUGACGCUCGGCAACGGAAACUCUGUCAAUCUGGUCGACUUCGCCGUCGAUGUCGGCGCUGGGCCCGUCGGCGGGGCCGUCGCGCCGCAACGCGCUCUUCUCGUCAGGGACUCGGAACCCCUGCCCAAGUCUUCGUACGAGGGCGGGAAAGCCCAAAGACCACCCCCGCUGUUGAGGAUGUUUCGCCGAUAGUUGAUCGCCUCGUUGCCAUUUCCGAAAAGGCCAGCAGAUGAGAGUGAGAGAGAGAGAGAGAGAGAGAGAGAUACCAUUUAACCAAACUAACUUAAUACUUUUCUCUUCGUUUCUUGUCUUUUCUUGCAGUACCACACCUGUACAUAUCCGGCAUAUCCUAUACCCCAUGCGUCAGCAGUCAGGGAUUUCCUCAUCGCGGCUCGUUUUCUUCAUCGCGAGUCGUUUUCUUGUUCGCAUAAACCUCAUACCCCAUUUCUUUUUGUGUCAUUAUUCCAUUCUUGUGUCUCUCUCGCCCACCUCCUCUUUGGUAUCUACUUGCUCUCCUCUACCUACUACAAACCCACUGAACAAGCAACGGAGCCAGGCCUGGCGUCUUCCGCUCACCUACAUCUAUAAACAAAACGACAGCGCAAGCCUCAUAUACACACUCGGUCGAUAUACAGCGGCGGGCCAUCUUGGAUACACCUAUUUCCCGCAACUCUACUUGUUUUCGUUGGGUUUUUGUCGACACACACACACAAAGCUUUACUGUACACAUAUGCACCCACCACGUUUAAUAGGCGGUGAUGGGAGCUAGGCUAUGGGGUGCUGCCAGGUCAAAAUCUUGGUAAUAUAACUAGCUGGUAGUUGGUUGGAGUUUACGCUGAAUAUGAACGAAACCAUUAUGAUUCAAACAGAUCCAGAAA